CUACCAAGGCAAUAGGCUCUGUGGUGGAUGACCUCGAGGGCGUUGUAAAUAUGGCCCGAGAGCAUGUUGAUGACCUCCGCAAACGGGCUACUAAACGUCGCAAAAAGAAACCGGAAGGAGCCGCCACCAGAUCUGCUGCCGCUGCUGCGGUGGCUGCUUCUGCUGCCGAACGAGGUCCAAGGUCAGGAGCCGAUGCACGUCUCGCUCGCUCCGAUCCGCUUGAGGCGCUUCUUUUCAGCGGACCGAGGAGAAGCCCACAACCCACGACGACUCCUCCACGACAACGGCAAACGGCUAUCGACCGGCACCGCGACGGGGUGAAGCAGAGCGUGUUAGAGGAUGUUGUGUUGAAGGAGGAGCUGAGGGAGUUACGGUGUGUCGGAGAACUUUGAGAGGCAGCGGCGACGAAGGCUGCUGUCGAUGCGGAGAACAUUCGCGCACUGGUCGCCUCUAUAGAGACGCUGAAGCUACACUCCCACAGCAACAUCGGCCGCGCUGCCUACAACACCGUCAUUGCCGCAGCUGCUGGAGCGGAGCACACGUGCGAUCCUGAUGACCCUUGCACCCCGGAUGAGCCGUGCGCACCUGCUGAGCCGCAGGGUGCCGUCAGCCUUUGCCGCGCGAGCACAGGGUCUCGGUGUGAGAGACGGCACGUUCCGUGCAGCGCGUACCCGGAUGCACAGGACUGACCACGCCAUACCUCCACAGGAAGCUUUGGAGAAGGGGAGAUACCUCUGGGCUCCUCGCAAGGAAAGGAGCGACAAGAUGGACGAACGUGUCAUGGGUUUGGCGAGGAGGUUCUGGCACUCUGACGAUAUUUCUCGUGCGUCGGGAGACUCCGGGACGAAAGCUAUGUGGAGGCCGUCCAAGAAGGCAGGGGAGGAGUAUCACCCCCGUAGGCAGCUCAUGGUUGCGGGGGACCAAGUAUGGCGCAAAUUCCUGAAGUGGCCGGAGUACUUGGGGCUUAAGGCGGAGCUGCUGAGGGAAGACAGCAGCUUCGCGGACCCUGGGCGGACGCUGUUCCUCUCGACGCGGUGUGGGUGUUUUAGUGGAACCCAAGGUAUCGCAGUGUGCAUGCCAGAUCCACACGCAGCAGGGGCUGUACCUGAAGGCCUUCGAGAUGUUGAUGCCUGCAAUGCAUGCCAACUGUGACUGCACGUGCAAGUGGUGCGACGGGGGGAGUGGGUGUGGAAAGUGGAUGGCCAUGUGUAAAGAUCUGCACAGCUUUUCAGAGGCUUUGGCUUGCGAGAAGGUAGACUUUCUUGAGGAGGACCGAGGGGGUAGGUUUGAGCACUGGGGGAGGAAGCCCGCAUGCGUUGCGAUGGAAUGCUCCGAAUGCGGGUUUGGCAACCCAGGUGGCAUCCCCAUGAAAUGCGAUGCCCUGGGGUCUAUGGCGGACAGACU